CCCUUCUUACGUAAGAAGCCCUGUUGAAUAGCGUUCUACGAUAAUGACUUGUUCACUUGCUCAUGUUGCACAGAAAAUUUAACUCUAGAAUACGUUAUAGGAAUUCUGAUAUUGAAAAGCCAAAAAUCAAUUCAAGCAUUUCUUUCAUGCUUUUACUGUGAGCAACAUUUGCUGAGUCCACAUCCUGACACAUGGGUGCAUUUGUGACAAGAACAGAGAGGCAGCCAGCCAGGUCAACGGUUGGGUUAUUGGCUCCUGACUGCCAGUGCCCUUUCAUUGGAAUCUACGCUUGUCUGUUUGUUUACUGCAUUGUGCCUUUCUGUCAAGUUGUCUGGCAAACUGAAGCCGAUGGCUGCAGCGCUGACACUCCUCGCCCAGCGCCGGGCUCCCCCGCAGCCGGUGCCAGUUCCAGCACCCUUACCCCUGGACUCCAUUUCCCAGCUCGCCCCGCGCCCUCCGCCGUGGAGGCCGCGCCGAGAAGAUGGCGGCGCCCGUGUCGCCCUUGGUUACUGCGCGCUGCCUGCUGCGGGCACCGGUGCCGCGUGCUGCCCGUCUGCUGCCGGCACGGGCCCUGCCGAGAGGAAUAGAUUAUUCUAGAAGCUGUAGUGUUGUGAAUGAUUUUUGCAGUCUGCUCCACGAUGCAGCAUAUGCAAGUCAAGCAGCAGAUGAAAAGGUGGUUCUUGGUACGCUUACAGAUGCUAAUUCUAGAGCCUUACUGGUUUGCAAUGGACCUUUAGAACAUUAUGACUUUCUGAUUAAGCAAGAAGAGCUGAGGAAUGAUGAGCAGCAAAGAAAAGUUGUGCAGCACCUGCAAAAAUUGCAUGAGAGUCUUAAAGGCUACAGCAUCAGCUCAAAAAAUUUUCUCUCAAAGCUCUUUGCAAAAAACAAACCUCCGAAAGGUCUUUAUGUCUAUGGGAGAUGCACAGGGAAGACAAUGGUGAUGGACAUGUUCUAUUCUCACUUAGAAGUAGAAAGGAAAAAGAGAGUCCAUUUUCAUGGCUUCAUGCUGGAUGUGCACCAGAGAAUACAUCGCCUUAAGCAGAGCUUGCCUAAAAGAAAGCCAGGAUUUAUGGCCAAAUCAUACGACCCAAUUGCACCAGUAGCAGAGGAAAUAAGUGAAGAAGCAUGUCUCUUAUGUUUUGAUGAAUUUCAGGUCACUGACAUUGCUGAUGCCAUGAUUCUGAAGCAGCUUUUUGAAAACUUGUUCCAGAAUGGGGUUGUCGUUGUGGCAACAUCUAACAGGCCUCCAGAAGAUCUCUAUAAAAACGGUCUUCAGAGAGCUAAUUUUGUACCAUUCAUUGCUGUGCUGAAGAAAUACUGCAGCACAGUCCAGCUUGAUUCUGGAAUAGACUACAGGAAACGAGUGCUUCCUGCUGCUGGAAAACUGUACUACCUCACAAGUGAAGCUGAUGUGGAGGCUGUCAUGGAUAAGUUGUUUGAUGAGCUGGCUCAGAAACAAAAUGAUUUAACUAGACCAAGGAUUCUAAAAGUGCAAGGCAGAGAGCUGAGGCUGAAUAAAGCGUGUGGAACCAUUGCAGACUUCACAUUUGAAGAGCUAUGUGACAGACCUCUUGGGGCCGGUGACUACUUGGAAAUAUCAAAGCAUUUUGACACAGUCUUUGUUCGUGACAUCCCGCCUCUUACCAUGGCAAAAAGGACUCAAGCUCGGCGUUUCAUUACUCUGAUUGAUACCUUUUAUGAGCAUAAGGUGCGCAUUAUCUGCUCUGCAGCGACUCCUCUCCAAAGCUUGUUUGUGGUGGAAGCCGGCAGCGGUGAGCUGGAGGACAGCAGAGUGUUGAUGGAUGAUUUGGACUUGAGCCAGGAUUCUGCCAAAGGUCUCUCCAUGUUCACAGGAGAAGAGGAAAUCUUUGCAUUUCAGCGUACUAUCUCACGGCUCACAGAAAUGCAGACUGAACAAUACUGGAAAGAUGGGGACAGAAACAAAGAGCAGUUGUAAUUAAAAGUUGAAUAAAAGCACCAGAAAUUAUGCAAAGAAGUAAAACUACAGAAUUAGAAGGCCUUAUAGCACAACCGAAGUAAUAAUGGCACUUUAUCAUCUGGACUGUGUUUCUUUCAUUGUUUGGUUUUCAUGCUUAGGACAUGAAGACUUAUUCUUCUGUACCCUCAGUGUGUGGGCAUGUGAAAUUUUACCUUCGAUUUAUUUUCUGUGAAACGUAAUUUGAUAUUGAGGAAAUGUAACUGGAUUAGGAUUAGUCUGGAGACAAAAGUCACUGGGCUCUGCAGGAUUCACAGUGGGUCGGGAAUGCUGUUACCCAAAGAGGGCACUUUGUGGAUCACGCACUGCGUCUGUCCCCUCUUGCACAGUUUGCACAAAAGAGAGAUGGAAGGCUUUCCUGAUGGAACUCCUCAUGUUCUGUAGCUCUCUGCAGAGAACUACAUAGCUCCUCUGUAAUCUAUUCUCCUUUGUUCUUUUUCCCCUCUGUUUUCUGUGUGUAACCAUCUGUUGACUUUCAGACUCCAAGAGUUUUGUGUAAUCAGCCCGUUGCUCAGUUUGGUUAAUACAAAACUAACAGUUUGAUCCCAGAGCAGUCUGAGGAGGAGCUAGAGGGUACCGGAAACCUCAGAGGAUUAAAUCCAAGUAAUCACAUAAGGUAAAAGAAACUGCCUUGGCAGUGUAUACCAUAACUUGUAAGUGCAACUUAGUACUUCCCCUGUAUUUUCCAUUUCUUGCAAGCUAGGUUUGCUCCUUUCACUCUGGUAAUGUAUUUCUGAACUUUCAUCUCUGCAGCACCUUCCAUCACUAGUGACACAUCUGCCCUGAGCUGGCAAUGGCAGGACAGUGCUACUGAGGCAGUUCCACCAUUUUGCAAUACAAGUGUGUUUUACCAAAAUGUAUUAUUACCAAAUAUUAUUACCAAAAAUAUUCAUCUCUGCCUUUAUGAUGCCCGUUUGAGCCCUAACUCCCAUCACAAUUGAAGCAAGCUUUUAAAAGGGACUUUUUAAUAGGAGGAAGUGGAGAGGUCCUGUGCACUUAAGAGUUGUUACAGUAGUACAGAUGCUUUGGGAGUCUCGUGCUCAAGUCUGGAUUCCUGUUCUGACCACUUCUUUGGCCUGGGAAUUACUUGUACAGGCUGUGCCUGCUCUCCAGAUAAUCUUUAGAGCCUGUGCUUAUAGUUUACAAUUGAUGCAACUCUGUUAUGCCCACAGGAGUGACUACAUCUGAGAAUUUUAAUGUAUAUUUAUGAAAAAUCCAAUGAGAAUAUAUUACGUUUACUUAGGAAUUGCUGAAGAAUGGAUAUAUGCUUUAUUUAUACAUACCUAAAUGUAGGUAAAGCUAAUACAUAUAAUUCAAGUGUGUGGUCGUAUAUUUGUACAUAGCAAUCUCUGCUCAUCAGCCUGGCCUAAGCUAACAGCUGUCCUGAAGUUCCAGCUUACACUCAACUUUUCUUUUUUCUAAUUGCAUAAAACGCCCUUGGCCUUGUCCAAUUUAUUUAUUAUGGUAGAUAUUUUUUUGCAUUAUUUAAAAAACAGUGCAUACAUUUAGCUCCUAUGUCCUCCUCUAUCUAUGAUAGAGAAGAAAUGCAGAAUCUUACAGAAAUGCAGGUGAGACAUGGGACACAUGAGAGAGGAGCUCUGGCAGGCUGUGUUCCCACAGAACUUAGGCUGUGGAAGUCUCUGUGGGUUAACCUCAUUAAACCAGGGCUUCCCAGGAGCCCUGGGGCUGAUGUGCUUGUGCUCCAACAGGCACAGUUUUGCAUGGUGGUAUUUGAGGCUUUCCUGUACUCUGUGCACUGACCCCAAACUCAGAUUCUCCAAGUUUCAUGGAAUCAUAGUCUCAUUAAGCUUGGAAAAGACCACUAAGAUAAUCGAGUCCAACUGUCAACCCAUUGCCACCGUGCCCCUAAGCCAUGUCCCUCAGUGCCACAUCUACCUUUUUCUUGAAAAUCUCCAGAAUUUUCUGGAAGCAUAGCCCCUAAUUGCAGCAUGCCUGCAAUUCAGAAUCAUUGAAAGCAUCCUGGGAUGCAGGUUAGCUCUGCUGAGCCAUAGGAGGGAAGCCACUUUCCCAGAAGCUUCCAGAGUCAGCACUGCUCCCAAAACACAUUCCUCAGUAAAGCCAUAGUGCAGCCUUGACUUGGCCAGGUAGGAAGCCUUCUGCUGGGAUUCUUUGGUAGGUGCUGCCAACAAUCAGGCAGAGGAAAUGGGGAAUAUUUCAGAAGCAUUUUGGGGCUGAAAGGAGCUGGAAAAACAGGAAAAGCUGCUAUAAUCUGUGCAGCAUUUGUGGUUGCACUGAGAGCGUGGAUUGCUGCACUGAGGUCAGGACCACGAGGAGAAGUUGCUGGGACCAAUCUAUCUGCCAGCCUGGAUGCCAGAGCGGAGAUCACUGCAGUACCUGCAGAAGAAGCAUAUUGCAUGCAUCCACUGCUUUAAAGAAUGUAAAGCCCUAUAUGCUUCUUGUAGGGUGUCAUUUAUAAUUGUGUGGCAUGCAUAAAUUCUCUUUCCAAUGGCAAUUUUGGGGUGGGAUGGACCUGAGGCCAAAUAGCUUCCAGGCAAUUGAGCAUUGUAUGAGAUGUAUCCCUGAGGCAUGAAUUAAUUAAAACAUUAAGAUGUUUUAAUUGCCAAAAUGCAAACAAUGAAAUGCCUGUGAAUAAAUUGUCCCUUAAUGGC